AUGCUCAAGACCCCAUCACUUCAGUACGCCCAGCGGAUUCACGAGCACUCAGGACGUCCCAUAGCACAUAUCCUGAAUUCAGACUUACUGUGCAGUGUAGAUGAAACCACCCAUAUGAAAGUUGGGGAGUCUCUGGAGAAGGCACUCAAGGAUCUGAAACUCACGUACAAAGUUCUGAAGAGCAUCAAAGAGGAUAACGACAAGCAAUAUGCGCGCACAGUAAACUGGCUGGUGCGGAGGAUUGCGCCGGAUGUCUCAUUCGCAUGGCAAUUCAAUAUAUGGGGGAUUGGGAAGCCGGGGGAGUCUGCCACCUGGAUUUACAAUAAGGACAGUAUGGCCAAGAUCAAGGCUGAACUAGCAUGUACCCGCCUCAAAAAUCUGCGUGUGUUCGAUAUGGAAGAUCUCGAUGAUGAUCAUGAUAUGAAGAAUACGAACCCCCCUAAUUUUAUAGCGGUUGACUGA